GCCCCCCCGCUGACGCACCAGACGCUCAAAGGCUGGAACGCCCUAGAGCCGUCCAAGUCGAGGCCGCCAGUCCCGUUCCUGGUGGUGCCGGCUGCGGCUCGCUGGCUGCUUCGAGCGGGGAAGGCGCUCAGUGGUCUGGCUGACCUGAUCAUGUUCGAGACUUACACGCGCCCAUCCGAGAUCCUG